GCAAUCUCUGAGCGGUGGGCGGGUGUUGUUUUCUGUCUCAUGGAUGCCAAUGAAAACUCAGGAAUCAGCACUAUCAUAUCAGGGAGGUGAUAAAAGAGGGCAUGUAGUCAAAUUGUAUGUUUUAAGGGGAUGACAGAUCCUGUUGUCUCUCCUAAGAACAUCCGAUCGGCAGGAAACUACAGAGAAGAGAAGCAUGUCGUGCAGUGUGGUGAAGUCCUUUCUGGCGAGCCUGUCUCGGAGGAAGCCCAUCGAACCUGAUGGAGAGGAGUCCACGUUUGACCGAUGCCUGACCACUAUGGACCUGGUGGCCCUCGGUGUGGGCAGCACCUUGGGCGCCGGAGUCUACGUACUCUCUGGAGAGGUGGCCAGGGACACGGCCGGACCCAGCAUCAUCAUUUCAUUCUUCAUCGCGGCAAUGGCGUCGAUCUUCGCCGGGCUGUGCUAUGCCGAGUUUGGAUCUCGCGUUCCCAAGACAGGCUCAGCUUACCUGUACAGCUAUGUGACUAUUGGGGAGCUCCUGGCUUUCAUCACCGGCUGGAAUCUCCUUCUCUCCUAUAUCAUAGGGACAGCCAGCGUUGCGCUGGCAUGGAGCGGGACAUUUGAUGACCUUAUUGGGGGCGUCAUAUCAGAGUACUUUGAAAAAAAUGCAGCGAUGGGCCUCCCGGGCCUUGCACCCUAUCCAGAUGUCUUUGCUGCUGCCCUGAUCCUGAUACUCUCAGGUGUGCUGGCAUUUGGAGUGAAAGAAUCCACCCUCAUCAACAAGAUCUUCACGGUGAUCAACAUCCUGGUUCUGGGGUUUGUGAUCAUCUCUGGGUUCAUCAAAGGAGACAUCGCCAACUGGCAGAUCAGUGAAGAGACCCUGAUAAACGAAACAGCCAUAUUCGAAAACGUGACCUCUACCGACAAUGUAACUGUAACGAGUAUGUAUGGAGUGGGUGGAUUUUUCCCUUACGGCCUCAGUGGCACGUUGGCCGGAGCUGCAACGUGCUUCUAUGCUUUUGUUGGGUUCGACUGCAUCGCCACCACAGGCGAGGAGGUGAAGGACCCUCAGAAGUCGGUCCCUAUUGGCAUUGUGGCGUCACUUCUGAUCUGCUUCCUGGCCUAUUUUGCCGUGUCCGCGGCCCUCACCCUGAUGAUGCCUUACUACCUGCUCGAUGACAAGAGCCCCCUGCCAUUCGCCUUCAAACAUGUCGGCUGGGCUCCUGCCAGAUACGCUGUGGCUGUAGGGUCGCUGUGUGCUCUGUCCACCAGCCUGCUGGGUUCCAUGUUCCCGAUGCCUCGAGUGAUGUUCGCCAUGGCGAGAGAUGGACUGCUUUUCCAGCCUUUGACCAAAGUCACUUCUAAGGGCAGUCCUGCUAUCGCGACCAUAUCAUCUGGAACUGUGGCAGCCAUCAUGGCUCUCUUGUUCGAUCUGGACGCUUUGGUGGAAAUGAUGUCCAUUGGUACUCUGUUUGCUUACACGCUUGUGGCAAUAUGCAUCCUAAUACUGAGAUACCAGCCGGACUCAUCUCAAGAAAACGACCUGCACGACUCCAAGUCGAGCUUCCUGAAACCACCGUCAACUCCCAACUCUCACACUUCAAGAACAGUCACGAUCCUGACUGUGAGCUGUGUUGUGUUUGUGAUUGCGCUGUGCAUCACCCUGACUCAGGCCAUGGAUGCUCUUUCUCGCGUUGAGCCCUGGAGCGUGGCACUUGUCUGCAUCUUUUCCUUAAUUAUACUGGUCAUCCCAGUCUUUAUUUGGUUACAGCCACAAAAUCCCACCAAGGCCUCAUUUAUGGUACCCUUACUCCCUGCUCUGCCUUUAGUGAGCACGCUCAUCAAUGUCUACCUGAUGGUGCAGUUGGGCUCACAAACAUGGAUGCGAUACGCUAUCUGGAUGUUAGUGGGCUUGGUUAUCUAUUUUGGCUAUGGGGUUCAUUACAGUGUUCAGAGGAAGAGACUCAUGGAACCUCAGACGGUGGUUAAAACAAUCAGCGGCAAAGCAGAUAUGGACUUUGUCAAGGAGGAGAAAUUCUAAGCUCGGAUGGAGAGAAGACAGAUAAGCUGAGAUGUUACAGUGAGUUACUGCUUUUAAUGUGUAACUACUGCUUCCCCUGAUCUUUGUCUAUAGGGUUCAGUGUGUGGCGGCGUCAACAUGGUUGAAAAGGGAGCUGCUGUACUGUAUAUCCUGUAUUCUGGCCAAAGCGUACCACAGACAUUUUAAUUAAGACUCCAGAAAAUGGUGUCACAUUCUGCAAAAAAAAAAAAAAUAAUAUGUCUAUGCUGUGUAUAUACAUUUAGUCGAUUUAUAACCCUGGACAUUUAAAGCAGCACAAAGUACAAAGGUUUUUGUUUUGUUUUGUUUUUGCACAUUAAAAUAUCAGCUUCAGCUUCAUUUGAAGGAAUAUUUGAACGGCUAUAUGGUAGCUUAGGGGUUGUUGAAGUUUGGAUGUUGGAGUUUGCAUGUUCUCCCCGUGCUUGCAUGGGUUUUUCUCCAGGUACUUCAGUUUCCUCCCACAGUCCAAAAACAUGCACGUAAAAGC